AUGGAUAACACUGUUAGGACCGCUCCGGAUGUGAGCACAAAAGACAAAGAACGUAAUGCCGGUUACAUUCCCCGACAAAUCCAUAUAGCAUUUGGCGAAAAUAAUCAGGAGAUUGUGAUCGCGUGGAGCACUCGAUUGGAUCCGCACAAAUCGGUGGUGAAGUAUGGCUUUUAUUGCAACCAAACGUAUAAAACAGCGAUUGGAGAGAGAAAACUAUUGGACAGCGAAGGGGUUAUAUUGUGGGCGACGGCGAGCACUGGUCAAAACCGUAUGAAUUUGUAUCGGUUCCAAACGAUCAUCAGUGGACACCCAGUAUUGCACUCGUGGGUGAUAUGGGUGUAG